AUGGCUCGGGCAAGACUCCGAACAGUAUGGGCCCUCCUGGCGUUGGCCUUGUUCUGCUUCUCCAUGGUCGAGGCCUCAUCUCAGUUUAACAAGAACUUUUUCAACGGAUUUUUCAACAAUCGCAAGGUCAACAACAAUGCGAAUGGCAAUGACAACAAUGGAAAUAACCAGAACAACGGCAACAACAACAAUAAUAAUGGGAACAACCGGAACAACAACAACAACGGCAAUGGUAACAACAAUGGACAGACUAGCGGGCAAGGCGGCGCACGCAUAUUCCAAGCAACAGACGGCUCCAUGAUUCUCGACAAGACCGUGCAAAUCAAUGGACUGCCUAUCCGAUACAGAAUCAGUGCUCCCGCCGAUCAAUUCACGGCUCAGUCCGGCGUCCAAGGAGGUAACUCGGCGCCCAACUCCGGUGGAAACAAUGGCAUCAAUGUUCUUCUUCAUGGUGAUGGCGGCCAAUCCUUCUUUGCCUUCCCAAACCAAGGCGUCAAAGGCGGCUUGAUGGGCGUUGCUGUGCUCUCGCCCGACAAGAACCGCAAAUGGGGAGGCGCAGACAGAAAUGGCGUGACCCGUCCCGACGGAGUUGCUCACUCUCAAGCCGUCAACGACCUUAUUCAACAGGAACUUCCCCAAAUGGUUGCUUUUGACAAGUCCAAUGUCUUCUUUACUGGCGUCAGUGGUGGCUCUCUCACCUUGUCUGGCUUCUUCAUGCCCGCCCAUAUGGGAAACUACCCCAACACGGGCGUCAUGCUGAACUGCGGUGCCUUGCCGCCCCAAGUGAACUUUUCUCCAGAAGCUGCAGCUGCCAUGGCAAACACACGUAUCCAUUUUCAGUCCACGUCGCGAGAGCUACGCUCUCUACAGCGAGACAUUCCCCGAGCAGCUAUGGCUUACGAGCAAGCUGCUGGUAAAGCUGGGCUUAACAACCAACAGAUCAACUCGCUACAGACCCUCAAUAACGCUCCCAACGGAGGACACUGUGCAUUUGAUGGAAAAGGCUUCAGCAGCGGCGUUCAGCUCAUGGCGAACAACUACCAGAAUGUGAUGCAGGCUGGUGGUAAUGGCCAGGUCAACGGAAUCGGGUUUGUCAGCAACGGUGUCGUAGGUAAUGAGAGACCACAGUUUGCCAACUAG